AAAAUAGACAAAAGAAUAUUCUAGAAAGAAGGGGAAUAAUCCAUACGUUCUUGUCACGUUCAUUUCAAAGGGAAGUAAUUUUUGUUUACACCGGAAGUGUUUGUCAGCAUAAAACCCAAAACAGAGAAAAUGGUCUAUAUAUCAGGGGGCCAAGUUCAAGAGUCCAAGUCUCCAUGGAGAUUGUCUUUUAUUCCAGAAGUUUUCUGGGGAUUUAUUAACUUCAUAGUUUUAUUUUUCCAAACAUUGAUUUCUCCAAGUAAAACAAAGUAUGGAAAUAGUUACACAACAGAAUACAAACCUGGAGGAGAUGGGGGCGGUCCUAGACGUAGAAUGGGUGGAUUUAGGGGAGGCGGAGGGGGACCAUCAGCACCUCCUAUGGCUGGCGGAGGAUGAGGUCGGUAAUUCCCCAAUGAUCUUCUUGUUACCAUAGUAACUUGUCAAGGACAUUCGGGGAAUCAACAAACUUUCCAAACAGCUAUGCACUUGUGACUUAUUCACCUUAUUGGAUUAUUAGAAUAUUAAAGAUGGCUUCAAUCAGACUAUUGAGAGGAAAAAAAAAAUGAUGUGAUACAUUUAUAUUCAACCAUGAUACAAGGAAGUA